AUGGACUCGCUACCAUUUCCUCCAAAAUCGAUAGCUGCUAUACCCUCCUAUCUGAUGAACGGAAAAACGCACACAGCUCAUAGUAGCUCUCCCCUACGUCCCUCCACGCGGACGUCGGUCAACGCCGAAGAGCGAGAGAGACUCACAGCUUCUAUUGCAUCCUCAAAUGCCGGACGUCAACCUAUAGAUCUGGAUUCCGUAGGGUCGCCAAAGGUCAAUGGCCAUGGAUCAUAUUCCCUGGAGGUGCCAGACGAAGAUUCGCCAGCUCCAACCAAUAUCGAUGUCUCUGCCAGGGAUCCUAGAGACGAAGCACCGUCUCAGACGACUCCCACUGUGAGCCGGCCUGCCAGCCCGUACACGUUAAAUCCUCCAAUAGACUUUGAUGGGUUGAGUUGGCCGAGUCUUGGGACGAGAGAGCGUCUGGAAGCUACACCCAAGCAGGCUGAAGAGCGGUUACAGAGAUUGGAAGGAGCUAUAACGACCAUAUUGGAAUGUAUAGGAGAAGAUCCAGACCGAGAGGGUCUGCGAGGGACGCCGGAGCGCUAUGCAAAAGCCAUGCUCUACUUUACUAAAGGCUAUGAGGAGAAUGUCCGUGAUCUGGUCAAUGGAGCUGUCUUUCACGAAGAUCAUGAUGAGCUUGUCAUUGUCAAAGAUAUCGAGGUCUUCUCGUUGUGCGAGCAUCAUAUGGUACCUUUCACUGGAAAGAUCCAAGAGAGGUUGACGAAGCAAGUGGCACUCGCGAUCACUGAAGUCUUGAAGCCUCAAGGUGUAGCUGUGGUCAUGGAGUCGAGUCAUCUUUGCAUGGUUAUGAGAGGCGUAGAAAAGACUUCGACGUCGACCAUCACGAGCUGCAUGUUAGGCUGUAUGCGAUCAAGGGCAAGCACAAGGGAUGAAUUCCUUAAUCUGGUGAACAAGCGAUAA